AUGCCGCUGUACUUCACGGAGAGGCCAGUGAAGGAAUCCCCACAGUGUGUCCUACGCCUCCCAAGGACUCGAAGUGCCCCUGAGGAGGUUAUUCAUACAUCCUAUUGGGCAGUCAAGGCCGAGCUUCUGACACGGUAUAGGAUAUCACGGAAGGAUCAACCGCCAGGAAAGGACGAGGACGAAAAGGAACCGGCGGAAGGAGUGAAAAAGGAGGAAGAGGAGGAGAAAAAACGAGAAAAAGAACGCUCAUUGAGAAUUCGAAAGGAGAAGAAAAAGAAGGAGGAGAAAAAAACACAGAAGAAAACGAUAUAUGAUGAAACCGAUGAGGAGGAAGAAGAGAAGAACAAAAAGAAGGCAAUUAUGAAGACCUUGAGACAGCGGAAGAGGAACAAGACAAAGAAGAGGACUCCCACCACACAGGAGAUCCACGUAAAAUGCAGAGGCAAGAGACCCUUCUACAUGAUCCUACGGGAGUGUAUGGUGCGAGGGAAGGGCAUGACCUUGGCGGAUCUCUCCCUGGCCUUGCAUCUUCAGAAAUGGGAAGUUACUGAGCCGGAAGAGUCCUUGGCUGAUCCUUCUGUUAUGGAUGUGAAGUGUGCUGGAAUGAAGGAUUUUGAGGUCCAGAAAAAGAAGAAAGAAAAUAUAGUUGAGAUGUGA